UAAUAUGGACUGCUGAUUGGUGAGUUCCUUCAUACAUCUAUUUGCUGCCAGCGUUGACUCAGAAAGACAGUGCUGAGUUCCUACAUCUUUAUGCUGCCACUGUAAUACAAGCUCCAUUGAUAAUUUCUUCAAGGUGACAAUGACUUGCAUAGUCUUUCCUUAUCUGCUGCACCAAAAUUUUCUGGGGACAAGUAUGAUUUCUGGAAAAUUAAAAUGAGACGCUUCCUAGUGGCAAAUGAAUUGUGGGAAAUUGUGGACAAUGGUUUUGAAGUUCCAGUAGCGAACGCACAAUUAAAUGAUGGGCAACAACAAACUUUGAGAGAAAAUUCCUCUAAAGAUGCAAAGGCUCUCUUCACCAUCCAAUCUGUAGUCUCAGAUAAAGUUUUUCCAACCAUUAUGAAUGCCACUACAGCCAAGGAAGCCUGGGACACAUUGCAGCUUGGGUAUCAUCGCACAAAGGAAGUGAGGACGGAUUACAAUCCAGAAUACGCACGAUUAUAUGCGGCAUUGCGCACUGGUGAUUGGCACGGCACUCGUGAAUUUCUUAACGGGCAUGAGGGAGCAUUGACUGCAAGAAUUUCGCACGAGGGUAAGAGAGCUCUUCACGUUGCAGCUCUAUUCGGGCACCGCCACAUCGUGGAGCAACUGUUGCAGUUAAUGUCAGCAGACAACGUUAAACUGAGAGACAAUAGAGGACUCACGGCUCUUCAUGAAGCUACUUACGGUAAAGACGUCCAGCUGGUAAAAUGCCUUGUCGAAAAAGGCAACAGGGAAUUACUUACUAUUCCUUCAAACACUGGUUGGAUUCCCCUCACACGUGCUCUUAGCGUUGGUAACAAGGAAAUGGCUGCUUAUCUUUUUUCAGUCACACCAUGGGAAGAAUUAACACCUGAAAAGGGAUAUAAUGGGGUUAGAAUUCUCAUCAUGUGCUAUUAUUCUCAGAUAUUGUUAGAUAAGGCUCUAGAAUUGCUGCGUUAUUGCCCAAAGUUAGCAGUAAUACCGUUACCAGCAAGCCAUCGUGGGCGUGAAUCAACUCUUUUGGAGGCUUUGGCAAGUGUACCUUCUGCCUUUCCUAGUGGGCGUCAACUCACGUUCUGGGAAAGAUGGAUCUUUAGAAGAAGACGGAAUAUAUGCAAGGUUGAUAAAUCAAAGUUAACCUAUAAGCACCCUCAUGAGCUUCUAGAGAUUGCAUGUAAAGAGCUAUUCAAAUUAAAUAUAGCAGAACUUGAAAAUAGUCGAGCACAUCUCGCAGUAAUUCAAGCUGCCAAAAUGGGGAUCCCAGAGUUUAUCAAGGAAGUGACAAAGGAGCACCCACAACUCUUCUGGGGAUGGCCAGACGAAAAUCCGAGAAACGCUAUAUUUGUUGGUGUUGAAUAUCGCCAAGCCAGUGUUUUUGAUCUUAUUCACGGUACGGUUUGGAAAAAUGCACUUGCGGAGAUGAAUGACGGGAAUGGUGACACUCUGCUUCACAUGGCAGGACUGUUAGCUCCGAGCGCACAGCUUCAUGAUAUCUCUGGUGCUGCUUUACAAAUGCAAAGAGAAUUGCAGUGGUUUAAGGAAGUGGAGAGUAUCACGCCAGCUCUAAGAAAGCAAUCUCUAAACAACGAUAAGAAAACUGCUCGACAAUUGUUUACAGAGGAACACAAAGAUUUGGUGAAACAAGGUGAGAAAUGGAUGAAAGGAACAGCCACUUCAUUUAGUCUUGUAGCUGCUCUUGUAGCCACGGUGGUUUUUGCGGCUGCAUUUACAGUUCCAGGUGGUAAUGACCAGAUCACAGGUUACCCUAUUUUCUCAAAGAAAAAGGCAUUUGUGGUGUUUGUAUUAUCUGAUGCAAUAUCGCUCUUUUCUUCUUCAACUUCCAUAAUCAUGUUCUUAGGCAUUCUCACUUCCCGUUAUGCUGAAGAUGAUUUUCUCAAGGCAUUACCUUUGAAGCUUAUCACAGGCCUUCUGACUUUAUUUAUCUCCAUGGCAUCCAUGUUGGUAGCAUUUUCUGCGGCGCUCUUUGUUAUGCUUCACGGGAAAGCAUGGAUUGUUAUACCUUUAAGUUUUCUUGCUUGUGUUCCAAUUGCUUCCUUCAUUUGGUUGCAGUUUCCUCUUUUUGUGGAGAUCACAAUGUCAACCUUCGGGCCAAGCAUCUUUGAUAGGAAUGCUAAUAAGCACUGGCUCACUCGAUAAUUCACUGCCUACCAGCUUGCUGCUUCUCAUACUGCUCCAAGUCCUUCAAUUAAAGAGCAGAGAGCAGAGAGCUACCAGUUUGAGCAUAGUUUAAUUUGAAUUUUUCUUUUGCAUGUUGAUCGUGCUUGCUACCAAGUUGUAAUUUGAUGCCAUAAAUAUGGACAAAUCAUUUAUCAUUAUGCUUAUGUCAAAUGCGGUGUCUUGUUAUGUUUCCUUUUUUUA